AGAUAUCUUCGAUCUCAGCACCAGUAAUUAGACUUUCCUUUUUUAUCUUUCAACAUCUAUUUUUGAGCAAAACUGCGGUGGAAUAAAAAGCUGCAGAUUAAUGCGCACUACAGGCCACCGUGAAUGACCACUAAAAAGGAUGGCGGCGGUAUAAAUAACGGGAGAAGAUCCGCCCCCUCUGUGAUUCAGGUCUGGCCCCGUUUGCAGGUUUCCCCCGGCACAUUGCAUGCACACAGCCUGGCAUCAGCGGGACUGUUCGUUAUUAGAAAAACAAAAGGUGGAAACAUAUGGAAAUAGCGAGAAAGCAGGGGGACAUCUCUCAGCGCGCCUCUCCUCUCCCCCUCCUCAUAUGAGUUGUUGAAGAGGGAGGGCAGCUCAUCGUCUUCCUCAUCUGGCGUCGGAGGCGCACAGCCGUGUGUGAGCCAUGACUCUGAGCUCAGAGAUGUCGGAUGCCUCCAUCCUUUCGGAAGAGACCGACAUAGACGUGGUCGGGGAAGGGGAGGAUGGAGACCAGACGCGCUCCUACGUGGACGAGGUGGCACAGAUGCACGACGGCAUCCUCCUGGCCGGCUCUCCUCCUCCGUGCCUGGACAGCUCCACCUCCUCAAGGGAUUCCUACAAGCCGGCGGGCAAGAACACCCUGGUGAAGCCCCCUUACUCCUACAUCGCCUUAAUCACCAUGGCCAUCCUGCAGAGCCCCAAGAAGAGGCUCACCCUCAGCGAGAUCUGCGACUUCAUCAGCAACCGUUUCCCGUACUACAGGGAGAAGUUCCCGGCCUGGCAGAACUCCAUCAGACACAACUUGUCCCUCAAUGACUGCUUCGUGAAGAUACCGAGGGAGCCCGGUAACCCCGGGAAGGGCAACUACUGGACCUUAGACCCGGAGUCUGCUGAUAUGUUUGACAACGGGAGCUUUCUGCGGCGGAGGAAGCGCUUCAAGCGGCAGCAGGCGCAGGACUUGCUGCGGGAGCACAGCAGCUUUAUCCCCGCCGCUGCUGCGUAUGGGUACGGACCGUACGGCUGCGGAGGAUACGGCAUCCAGCUCCAGUCAUACCACACACACUCUGCACUUUUUGCGUUCCAGCAGCAGCAGCAGCAGCAGCAGCAACAGCAGCAGCAGCAGCACUCCAGGCAUUCACACACGGGGACCAUUAUCCCCGCGCCCUCUUUGAUGCCCACCACCACGGACUUAGCCAGGAGUAGGUUUUACCCCCAGCUCAGCUCCAGUCUGGGCUCAGCCAGCGUGCAGGCUGCAGUCCCGGUGCAGAAGUCCAGCUCUCCGGUGCAGCGGUCCCCCUUCUCCAUAGAGAGCAUCAUCGGAGGGUCGCUGAGCCCCUCCAGGACUUCCCCGGCCGUUAUCCCGGUCUUACCCUCCUCUCUGGGGCCUCCAGCGGCCACACAGCCGCACCCUGGAGCGAUUUUACACCCGGUUGAAAACUUUCCAAGCAGAGCUGUGAGCGGCACUAGCGACUGUUAAAUGUCUUAACAAGAAACUUUUCAAAAACAGCAACAAAAACAAAAAACGCCCCUCUUUGAAGGUAGGAUUAUUUUUGUAUGUUUGUUUGAUAGCACGCAGCUGAAUGAUGGACAUAAAAAACACUAUUUGUGCCUAUAUUCAUGCUGUUUAAAAAUAUAUAUUUAUGUUCAUUUUUUUCGGUGUGAAUCAGACUCUUUUUGAACUUCUCCUUGUAUUUUCCAUGAUCGUUCCAGUCACUGUUUAGGGCGUCUCAGGACUUAAUGGACAGGUUAUAAAUGAUCACAUGUUUUUGAAAAUAGGCUAUAAUAAUAAUGUAUUUGUGUCAAACACAUCCAUGUUUUUUUUAUUAGUUUGGCAAAUCAAAACUUUUUUUAUGGUUUUGAUUUAAACUUUGUAUUAAAAAAAGAAAACACAGAGAGCAAAGUCAUACAUUUAUAAUAAUAAUAUGCAGUGUGUGUUUAUUUCAGUAAUAAAACAUUGUACAUUUUUUUGGCAAGUAUUGUGUAAUUGAAGUGUGAUAUUUUUACA